AUGUCGCACGCUUCGUUUGCCAGUCGGCAGGACUCUAAAGCUUUCCCGUUUCGGCAGCUGCUGGUAUUAGGUCUCUGCCGAAUAUGCGAGCCGAUCGCCUUCAUGUCCAUUUUCCCAUACAUCUACUACAUGAUCGAGUCCUUCAACAUCACCAACGACCAAAACCGCAUCGCCCUCUACGCCGGUCUCGUAACCUCCGUCUUCGCCGGUGCAGAAUGCUUGGGUGCAGGAUUUUGGGGAGGCCUGAGUGACCGCAUUGGCCGCAAGCCAAUUCUGCUCACAGGCCUCGCGGGUACGGGCCUCAGCAUGCUCAUGUUCGGCUUUGCGUCCAACUUGGCAGUCGCUUUGAUUGCUCGUGCCGUUGGCGGUGCAUUGAAUGGCAAUAUCGGUGUCCUCCAAACGACCGUGAAUGAGGUGGUCAAGGUGGAAGCACACCAAGCGCGUGCCUACGCAAUCAUGCCAACCGUCUGGUGCAUGGGAGCGUUCAUUGGAUCUGGCUUGGGUGGUACUCUCGCAGAUCCCGUGCGAAACUACCCUGGCAUGUUCCACCCUGGGACGAUCUUCGACAAAUUCCCAUAUCUCCUCACGAAUCUGGUCUGCACUGGAGUUGUCGUGUUCAGCAUGAUAGUAGGCAUUCUGUUCUUGGAAGAGACGCACGAAGACUUGAAACACCGAAGAGACAUUGGCUUGGAGAUUGGAGACUGGAUCUUGUGCUGCUUCAGGAGAGCCCCUGUGGAGCGAAUCUCGGAUCGCAAGGGCGAGCUGAGCGAUGAGACGUUGGUCUUGAUCGACGACCUUCCGCCAGACUACCGAAGUACGGCUUCUUCGCCAGAACUCUCUCCCACGUCCGUCGCAGGUCUGCCACCACCAGCCUACCGAUCGAUCGAUGGAUCCCCUCGAAACUCCCUCACAGCUUCCAACGAAGAUUUGGCAGCACUGGACGUCGAAGAAGCCAUCAACCGCUCCCAGCAAAGUGCAAAGGCGAAAGCCGGCGUUAAGAACGCAUUCACCAAGCAGGUCGUGUUGAAUAUUGUGGGCUACGGCAUUCUAGCUUACCAUACCAUCUCAGCCGAACAGCUUCUUCCCGUGCUGCUGAGCAUGCCCAAGUCCGACACUCCACCGCACCUACCCUUCCAAUUCACCGGCGGAUUCGCGCUUUCCACAAAAGCCAUCGGCGGAAUCCUCUCCGUGCAGGGCAUAAUCCAGAUGAUAGCAACCAUCGUGGUGUUCCCGCUCGUCAACCGCAAGAUUGGGAGUCUGUGGACAUACCGCAGCGUGGUCAUGUCCUACCCGCUGCUCUACUUCCUGGUGCCAUACAUCUCGCUCGCGCCUGACUCGCUCAAGCUGCCGCUUAUCUACGUGGCCCUGGUCUGGAAAGUCACCGCACAAGCCUUCGCAUUCCCCUCAAGCAGCAUCAUGCUGGCAAACUCGGCUCCAUCCAGCAAGGUUCUGGGCACCCUGAACGGCGCCGCGGCAUCAGCGGCAAGCGCGUGUCGAGCGUUUGGACCAACCGUCUCAGGUGUCCUUCAAACCGCCGGCCUCUCCAUCAACACCCUGGGACUUCCAUGGUGGGUGAACGUGCUGGUCGCCUCGAUAGGUGCCGCUAUCAGCAUGUGCAUGAUCGAAGAGAAGCGACGCACAUUCGAAUCCGAAAAGGAGAUCCCCGAACCCCUUCCUGCCGCAUCCGACGUGGCAGGCACCGCCGAGUACGGCUCCGGCAUGGUCGCCGCCGCCGAGAGCAACGAGAACCUCCUCUCCCACACCGCACCGAGCUCCCCCUUACUCACCCGAUUCUCCAUGGACAUCCGGAGAAACUCGCACCGCGACAGUCGAUCAUGA